GAUAAAAAUUCGCUCGUCGCAAAUUAAAAGUGUGAAAAUGGGGAAGAUGGAUGCUCUCCGUCAUAUGUCGCUGUGUUGGCUGUUGCUGUUAAACGUGUUUCUUUGCCAAUAUGGGGAUUGCGAGAAAGUACCUCGAAAAUAUCUCCAAUCAGACGUGCCAGUGCCAGGAGAUACUGUACCAACCGCUGUUGUGCUUCCAACAUCAACUCAAGGCGUAAAUGAAACAUAUAUUACUGAAUCAGAUGGUGUGCUGUCGACAUCAAGAUCUGUCCUUCCUCUAAACGAAAACAAGAUGAGUCUUUCAAAGUUGAAGCUGCAAAAUGAGAAUAUCAACGGAAAAAAACAACAAUUACUCGUGCCUGGAUCCGUUAACCUUAGCAUGGAUGCAACUCAUUUACUAGGUUUCAAUGGAACUGGUCAAAGAAAAGAUUACAUGAAUAACAGUUCAAUGCUUCCAACGAGCGGGCCAAACAAGCUAAGAGCUGAGCUUACAACGGUGAUUCCCAGUUCAACUCUCCCUACUGUGGAUGUUAGUACAAGCACGUCAGAGAAGGUUAAAAAUAAUUCUACUCCUGAUGUGACUACACGGGAUCCUAUCAGCGAUGCAAUCAACAUUGAUGCAGUGGAACGUAGUGAGGCAGAACUUAACUCAACGCUAAAAGAGCAUAACAUUACAAAAACAUUUGAAGAUAAUCACUUAUACUACAAAAGUGCCUGGUCAACGGACAAAGCAAUGAGCGAAGAAUUUUGGAAAAAAAUAACAUCUAAUCUAACAAUCAAUGGGUUGUUAUCUAACUCUCAUCGGCGCGCUACGACCAUGCUGUUGUCGUUUGAUUUUCCGUUUUAUGGCUUUCCCAUCCGAAAUAUUACCAUUGCCAGCGGGGGAUUUCUUUACACUGGAGACUACGUUCACUCAUGGUUGGCAUCGACGCAGUACAUCGCACCAUUGAUGGCAAAUUUUGAUACUGCACUGUCCAAUAGUUCAUUCGUUAAGUAUCGCGAUGACGGCGAAACUUUUACCGUGUUAUGGGAAAACGUUAUAUUACAGGAUCGUCCAAAUAAUGGCACAUUUACUUUUAGUGUAACUUUGAAAAAAACCGGGGAUAUUGUGUUUGCCUAUAAAAAAAUUCCUAUCGAUAUUCAGCAAAUUUUUGAUAAUCCUGCAACAAGGCACCCAGUUAAAAUAGGUCUGUCAGAUGCGUACAUCAUCGAUAAGACAAUUAUACGUACAAAGCAGAAAACUAUCUACGAGUAUCAUCGCGUCAAUUUCGGCCAAACUGAUGUACAAAAUGGUACAAUCAUUACACUUACUGCGCUGCCGACCUGUUUUUCCUUUAAAGAUUGCGAUUCUUGCAUUACUCAUGAUGGUGCUGAUUUCAAGUGUUUGUGGUGUCCAACAAUUAACCGAUGCUCUACCGGUACGGAUCGAAAGCGUCAAGAUUGGAUUCAAAAAGGAUGCGACAAAACCGUUAUCUUUGAAAAAUCUGUCUGUCCUGCGAUUGGUCAGAAAGGCAAUAACUACGGUGAGUCUGUGGAAACCAGCACAGUGGAUAAUCACAAUGUCAAAUUCAGUGAGGAUGGAGCAAUAAACAAUAAAUCGUCAAAUAGUACAUCGAAUGGAACAACUAAUCGCACGAAUGUUAAUGGGGUUAGAACCGAUGAUAGUGUUAACAAAGUACACGCCUAUCAUACAGAUGUCCAUGAUGCGUCAUCUAGCAGCAAUCUGUUUGUUUCGAUGUUAGUUAUUUUUGGCAUCUUGUUUGUCUGUGCCUGCUGGUUGCUUUACGCAUAUCGAAACCCUCACACGAAAAGCGGUCAACUUUUGAUCAGGUACCGUCCUAACAAGUGGUCGUGGCGACGCGGUGAAGCGCGGUAUACUGCAGCUACAAUCCAUAUGUAAGAUCGUAAGUUGUACAACCAUGCGGCUCUGAUCACAGUCCGUCCAGGUCAUCGUUUCUUGCCGUAAUUGCAAAAGUGAAUCAGAAAUCUCCUGUGUAGCUCGAUCACAGGUCCGCAAUGUCAACAAAAUGUUUGUCGGUAUUGUAUCGACUUUUCUUUUGAGAUUUUGCAAUAGGUAAAAGAAACAUUAUACAUCGUUGCCUUUCAUGUAUCAGGUUUUAUAAGAAUGUUAAAGCGUGCAAUUUAUAGUCUUGUGUCGUAAGAAGAUAAUCAAGAUUGGUCUACAGUUUAGUUUUGAUUUUACUCGGAUGACACUACGACUACCUAGUGAUAUACAUUUUGAAAAUCCCAUGUCGCAUGUGACAUUUUACAAAAAAAAAAGCAUUAUAUCCAAUAAAUACUGUGCAAUGAUUGAGAAGACAUAAUAAAGUAAAA